UUCUUUCAUCUCUCCCUCUCUCCUCGACUCCUCGUAAUAUCUGUAGCGGCAGAUCAAAAGCUACCCACCAAUGGAAGUCAAACAAUCCAACAAAUCAGACAUAUCAUCAGCACAAGCAGUUCUACUAGGAGCUCUAGCUCCGGGUGUUAAUAAUCCUACAUGGAAUACUAUCAAAUCAGCGUUUGUCAUGUUGGGUCUCUGUCUUGCUGUUAUGUUGGGGCUAGCGUUCUCAGCUAGCGACUCUUGGUUAAUACUUCAUGUUGCUUUUCUCCUUCUAAUUGCUGCAACCCUUUUCUUGCUUCUUAGCUGGUUUCUCGCACAAACUGGUCUGGUUUCAGUUGAGCAUCAAAUGCGGGAAAUGGAUUUGAUGCCAAAUGAUCUUAAAGGACAAGCAAAAAAAGCAAAUUAGUUUAUCUGAUGUUUCUUGCACAAACUGGUCUGUUUUCAGUUGGAAAUCAAAUGCAGAGAUGGUGCCAAAUGAUCUUACCAAGACAAAGCAAAGAAAGCAAAUUGAUUUUAGUUUUUUAACUUUAUUCCAUUGGAAGAUGAAUACAUUUGAUGCAUUCCUGCGGAAAGAAAAGAGACAAGAAGGUUGGAAUGAGAGCCAUUCUUCUGUUCUUCUCUUGAAAAAUCAUAAUUUGACCAGAUGCAUUUGUUAAUCACUCUUCGUCUCCUUCUCCUUAUGUUUGUUCUUCUUGGCCUUGACGAAGCAGAAACAUGAACAACAUGGGAGCUGAAACAAGAGCUUCAUGUCUUUGUUGCGUUUGUGAUUUGAAAUGUUCGGUAAACCAUAAUGUAUAUAGAACACCCAGCUUUUAUUUUAUUACAAUUAUCAUUAUUAUUAUGUUGCU